GCUUUCGCCUUUUCUUCGUCUCCGAGAAAUUAGCCAAAAUCUUAAUGCAAGUGGACGGGAAAAAAACAACGCUAAAACACGCAGAUGGAUCUCUUCCGUCCUUCCUUCGGACAUAUAUAUCCGCUUUCAUCAUUUCAUGCUCAGGCCUUUCUCUCACCACCCAGCAAGAACAAGAAGAAGAAGAAGAAGAAGAAGCGCAGAGGUUGGGGAGAGAGAUAGAGAGAGAGAGGGAGAGAGAGAGAGAUGACGCUCUCCGUGCAGCUGCAACGGAUCAACGCCGCCGCCCCCGCCGCCGGCCUCGGCUGCCACAGGCAGGGGCAGCCGGCCGUGCUCGCGGGGGCUCCGCCCCCCGGCGCGGUGCCCGACUACGCGGCCCCGUACCACCGCCGCGCGGUGGGCCCGAACCAGUGCUGCUCCGCGAUGGUCCGGUCCAUCGACGCGCCGGUGGCCGCGGUGUGGUCGGUGGUGCGGCGGUUCGACGAGCCGCAGGCGUACAAGCACUUCCUGAAAAGCUGCCACGUGAUCGACGGGGACGGGCACGUGGGGACGGUGAGGGAGGUGCGCGUCGUGUCCGGGCUGCCCGCCAACUCGAGCAAGGAGAGGCUGGAGAUCCUGGACGACGAGCGGCACGUGAUGAGCUUCAGCGUGGUGGGCGGGGAGCACCGUCUGGCGAACUACCGGUCCGUGACGACGCUGCACGCGGCGAGGGGAGGGGCGGGGACGACGGUGGUGGAGUCGUACGUGGUGGACGUGCCGACCGGGAACACCAAGGAGGAGACGUGCGUGUUCGUCGACACCAUCGUCAACUGCAAUCUUCAGUCCUUGGCUCAGAUCGCCGAGAACAUGGCCCGGAAUUUGUGAACCCCGACUCGUUCCGCUGAUGAAAAGAAGCGAAGAAUUGCCCAGAAACACCAAAAAGAGAAACAGUUUACAUCAAUCUUUUUAUCUCUCUGUGUCUUUAUUUCGCCUGAUGUCGAGCAGAUCUUGAAAAGCCAGCGCUGGGAAGUUCAUCAUUUCGAUCGGCUUCUGUCGUCUCAGAGCACCAACUGGGGAAGAUGACGUUGUAUAUGGGUCAUUUUGUUAGGCUCUUUUGUGUUCUUUUCAUAGUUUUAACUUUACCAUGUUAAAAUGUCUCUCUCCUUUCAGAGAGUUUCUAGUAA